AGUCGUUGUUUUCUUCUUCCGUCUCUGAAGUGUUGAGGUCAUAGAAAUGUGCAGGCGGGAACGCAGUGUUGUAAAUUCAGUGACUGCCGUCUCCUUGAUCGACUGGGUCCUUGGAAGUGAACUUCGAUCCGAGUAAUGGAUGUGAUCGAGAAGGCCGCUGCUGCUCGGGAAGGCCGUGCGCAAGAACGGCUACGUUCCACCAGCGCUAUCCUGCUGCAGUCUGCCGUCCGCGGAUGGCUGACCAGGUGUCGACUGGGGCGAGAAGCUCGAACUGAUCUGUUGAGGGCUGUGACAAGCAACUCAGUCGCACCAGUCGAAGUGCACCGCGCUUUGCUGACUUUUCUCGCUUGCCGACGAUGUCGUCUCGAGAAACAAACAACCGCCGGAAACUGGAAGCGUCCAUAUGAAAACGGUGAAGGCGACAAGGCAUUGACUCUCGCAGUCUGCAAGUACGACCCUGAUCUCUGUUAA